AAAGGGACAACGCCAAACAGAUAGAAACAUAAUUAGUUUCCUCGAAUUUGCCGCAGCACGUUAUGCCUCACUCUGGGCCACGGCUCGCGCCAUACCUAACCAAUGUGUCCGUGUGGAAUUGGCUCUUCGGAUCAAGAAAUGAUACAUCUAGAAGUGGCGGCGAAUCCGGCUCCACCCUUGAACCAUCAAACGAGCGAGGAUUUCGAGAUGCAGACACAGGUGCUUUCCUGUCCUUUCGGAGCCUUAAGAGCCAGGCCAUCUGGCUAUCAACAGCACUGGCACAAUCAUGCGGUCUCAAGGCACAUCAGACAGUAGCCAUUGUCAGCAGCAACUCGAUUUGGCACCCCGUGGCAAUGUUAUCCGCAAACAGGCUCGGAGCUAUUGACCUGGCCUAUUUCUUCCGUACUUCUAAUGCCACCAUUGUCCUCGCAAAUCUGGCCACGUUAGACGAGGUGCAUAAGGCAUGUAAGAUGGUUGAAGGAUCAAGUCAAUGCCACGCAAAUAUUCAGGGCCUGAUCGAUGAUGGCCGGUUGUUGGAUUCGACAGGAGGCGUCCAACCUGAGUGGAAACCCGCCGAGAGCGACUCAACCACCUGUGCCUUUCUCUCUUUCACCUCAGGGACGACGGGGCGGCCAAAGGCGGUCAUGAUAUCGCAUACUAACAUCAUCGCACAACUCUGCCAAGUGCGGCAGCUGACACCCCCGAAUAGACACCGCACAGUCCUUGGAAUCCUUCCAUUCUACCAUAUAACCGGCCUUGUUCACCUCCUUCACCUGCCCAUUGUUCUGGGAUAUGACAUGGUCGUAAUGGCCAGGUUCGAUAUGCGGAAAAUGAUGGACACAAUUGUCCAGUACCGCUGCAACGAGUUGUGGCUAGUUCCACCACUACUCAUCCGGCUCCUCAACGAUCCGGCUGCGCAAGGGUACGACUUGUCGUUCCUGGAGCAGUUCAACACGGGUGCGGCGCCAUUGGCCGAGGAGGUCAUUGCCAAGCUCUCAGCUCGGUUCCCGCGCGUCGCAAUCCGGCAGGCCUGGGGCAUGACGGAGAGCACGUCGUGUCUAGCGCUUACGCCGCCUCACCUUUGUACAUGGGAGAACGCUGCAAAGGUGGGGAAGAUUGUCUCCGGAACGGAGAUCCGGAUCGUGGAUCCAGCUACCGGGAAUGAGGUUGCCGCGGGCCACGCUGGAGAGAUCUGGGCGCGUGGGCCGCAGGUUUCCAUGGGGUAUCUGAAUAAUCCAGCCGCAACCGCGGAAACGUAUGGCGAGGAUGGCUAUUUGCGAACUGGGGAUUUGGGAGCCAUAGACGUGGAUGGUUUCAUCACCAUCCAUGAUCGAAUCAAGGAAAUGAUCAAGGUUCGUGGUCACGGCAUCGCACCUGCCGAGCUCGAGGAUUUGCUUCACGGCCACCCCCACGUCAGCGAUGUGGCAAUAGUGGGAAUACCUGACGCCUACUCGGGAGAACUUCCAAGAGCCUUUAUUGUCGUUCGAUCCGGGGUGUCGAAGUGCAGCGAGACGGAGAGAGAACUGAAAGAAUACGUCAAGUCACGCAAGGCUCGGCACAAGUGGCUUGCCGGCGGUAUAGAAUUCCUCGACUCGAUACCGAAGAGCUCCUCUGGCAAGAUCCUGAGGAGAGUGUUGAAGGACCAAUGGAAGGAGAGGGGGGAGGCUGAGAAGCAGAAUAGGGCCAAGUUGUGA